AUGCAGUAUUUGUUUGACUACAUAUGGUUCCGAUUAUUUGUCUUAAAAAAAACGUAAUAAGAACAAUAGUUAUGCAAAUCCUAAUGCAUGCUUAAAUUUUACAACUUGGUUCUAAUAGAAGUAUUUGUGAUGCUUUGAUCAGAUAUGUACAUUUAUAUAUAUAUAUGGUGUAUAAUCAUUAUUUAUAUCUUGAAAUUAUACAUUCAAAACUGAUUGCUAGAUGUUAACUAGGAAAAUUCAACCAUUAUACAAAUAUGAGUAUUAUAUCCAUUUGCUACUACUAAUUAGCCUUUACCCUUUAUUUGGUUCAAUUCCAUGCAUUUUAGUAAUUCAUUUGUUAUAAACAUAAUCGUGUUUAUGAAAGUUAAAAAAAAAAUUACUUUAUGAAAUUAUGAAAUUUUAAAUAUAUUAUAAUUAACUAUAUUCAUUUACAAAUGGUUUAAAUGUUUUCUAUAGAAUUCAUUUGAAGUUAUAGAAUUCGUUUAAACCAGACAUACCAUUAGCCUAAUGCUGCGGGUACUUUGGUACUCGUGCUAGAAUUCGAAUAGGGACUUAGCUUUUCCCUUUACUAAGGUUACAAAUUAGAUAAAGAAAUCCACCUAAGAAACAUGCUAAUCGUUAUAAGAUAGUAUAUUUUGUAUCGUAGACUAGUAGAGUGGGCGGAUCCAUUAUUGUUGAAUUGUCAAAGGAUUAUCCGCUCACUAAGAACUUCAACAAUUCCUCUUCUUCAAGAAAGAAACCAAAAUAUAGAAAAAUGGGUGAAGAAAUUAGCAGGAGCCAUAAGCUUAGCUCCCAAUUCAAUUCUCUAUGCAAUAGCUAGUCUUUCAUCGGAUAAAGCUAGGCAAUUUGCUACUGGAAAUGCAUUGCCUGACAACAUCAAGAUUUAUGGUAGCUAUGAACAACUUGUCGAUGAUCCUUCUAUUGAUGUGGUUUACAAGCCAUUGCCUAUUAGCCUUCAUCUGAAAUGGGCAGCUUUGGUUGCCAAUAAAAAAAAGCAUUUGCUAGCAGAGAAGCAAGCAGCACUUGAUGUGGGCUAGUUAGAUAAGAUUUUGGAAGCUUGUGAAACUAAUGGUGUGUAAUUCAUGGAUGGUUCUAUGUGGUUGCAUCAUCCCACAAUUGCCAAAAUCAUGGAAAUUCUUUCUGAUCUCAACCAAAUUGGACCACUUCAUUUUAUCUACAGCUCAUCAACAUUCUUAGCAGCUUCAGAAUUUGUAGACAGUGAUAUAAGAGUUAAACCAGAGAUGGAUGGUCUUGGUGCACUUGGUGACUUAGGUUGGUACUGCAUUGUCUCCAUCUUAUGGAUUCAAUGAUGGAGUUGAAACUAGUCGGUACCAACGGAUCGGUCCAUCUCAUGGACUUCAUCAUACCAUUUCAAGAACAUGCUAGCUUUAACCACUCAUUGGAAUGUGAAGUCUGAAAAAGCUGGUGGCUAAUCAAUUAGCUCAAGAGGCUUUGAUGGUUGAAGCAUUUGCUAGGAUUGUUCAAGGCAUUGAAAAAUCUGUCGCCGGACCGGAUAGGAAAUGGCCUGAGAUUAGUAAAGAUGCAGCGAAGCAGUCUUUUGAUGUUGGUUGCAAACCUGUUUAUUUGUAAUUACUGGUGAAGUUAAGAAUGAGCUCAUUGUUAUUUUGUUGCUGCACAGAUAGAUGAUAAUUUCACCUUUUGAUUUGUAGAUUCAUUAUCUCGAACGGAUUUUGUUGUAAUGUACAUUGAGUGAAUAUUA